UACUCCACCGCCACCACCCAAGGAACGCCACCGCAGAGCUCCUCUCAAGUCUGAACUCUGAAGCAAACAGCACAACACAAGGGGCAGGGAACCGGUUGAUCCGAUGGGGCGGCGGUCCAGCGCGUCGACGCCGGCGUCGGGGGAGCCGCUGCUGUCGGAGGUGCUCAAGUGCAGCGGCGGCGGCGGCGCCAGGGGCGCGGCGAUGCAGCGGUCCCUCUCGCGGGCGGACGACGAGCUGCAGUGGUUCCGGUCGUGCCUGCGGUGGGUGUGCAUGGACCACUCGGCCCCGGGCGGCGCCGCGCUGUCGUGGUUCCUCUUCCUGCUCCUCGCCGUGGUCGUCCCGGCCACGGCGCACUUCCUCCUCGCCUUCCGCCCCUCGCGCCGCCCCUUCGACGCCGUCGUGCAGGUCUCGCUCUCGGCCGCGUCCGGGGCCAGCUUCCUCUGCCUCUCCUCCUCCUUCCGCCGCAUCGGCCUCCGCCGCCUGCUCUACCUCGACAAGCUCCGCACGAACAGCGACCGCGUCAGGCUCAACUACACGGCCCGCCUCGCCUUCUCCUUCCGCCUCCUCGCCUCCCUCGUCGCGCCCUGCUUCGCCGCCGAGGCCGCAUACAAGGCCUGGUGGUACGCCACCUCCGCCGACCGCGUCCCCUUCUUCGCCAACGACCUCCUCAGCGACGUCCUCGCCUGCUCCCUCGAGAUGGCCUCCUGGAUGUACCGCAGCGCCAUCUACCUCCUCACCUGCGUCCUCUUCCGCCUCAUCUGCCACCUCCAGGGCCUCCGCCUCGAGGACUUCGCCGGCUCCCUGCUCGUCGAGGUGGAGGAGGGCAGGAUGGGGGUGGAGCGCGUCCUCAGGGAGCACCUCGACAUCCGCAAGCAGCUCAAGGUCAUCAGCCACCGAUUCCGUCGGUUCAUCGUCGCCGCGCUGCUCAUCGGCACCGCCAGCCAGUUCGCCUCCGUGCUCCUCACCACGCGUCACGACUCCAUCGACGACCUGCUCCAUACCGGCGAGCUCGCGCUAUGUUCAGUGGUGCUCAUGUCGGGGCUCAUCAUAAUCCUGAGCAGCGCUGCCAAGAUCACCCACCAGGCGCAGGCCCUGACGGGCCAGACCACCAAGUGGCACGCCUGCUGCACCAUCGAGCCGGUCCCGGACGACGAGAUAGACCCGGGAUCCAACCAGAACUCCAUGCUGGAAGAGUACGCCGAGGAGGAGAGCGACUGCGAAUCCAGCGAGGACACCGGCGACGAGGACAUGCUGGAGAACACCAGGUUCCUCCAGCCUCACACGCACGUGAUCUCCUUCCAGAAGAGGCAGGCACUAGUGACGUACCUGGAGAACAACAAGGCCGGCAUCACCGUGUUCGGGUUCACGCUGGACCGAUCGUACCUCCACACGAUCUUCAUGCUCGAGUGGACGCUCUUCUUGUGGCUGCUGGGGAAAACAGUCGGUUUCUCGUGAAGACGAGGGAAUGUAUGCACCAAGGUUCUAUCCUGUCCCAUGUUUUUUUUUUUUGCUGUUGUGCCCCGUUUGAUCCUUGUCAAAAGAGAAGGAGUAGGGUUUUUUGUGUGUGCGCGCGGGCGGCACGUGAGUGGUGUGCACUUGUACGUGUGUGUGCUAGCAGCGAUUCGGUGUUCUGGUGAUCCUGUAAAUUAUUAUGGGUUGAUUGCUCGUGGAUGCAAAGUGUAUGUACAGUUGUUGAGUUGUAGAUGAGUGCAGUAGAGCCUCGAGGAUGCGUGCGUGCCGCUUGGUAUUGCAGGUUUAUAAUCUCGGGUUGUAAGCCAACAUCAGUUGUAGAGCAGGCGUGUCAAAAAACAAAAAACUUUCAGCUUAAAUUUUGUAUUCUUUGCUUUA